AUGAAGGCGUCUCUGAAGUUUCGAGACGAGGAGAAACCUCUGCUCAGGGCGAAGAUCCCCAUCAGCGUGCUCGGGCUCCCGCUUCUCUCCGGGGCGUCCGCCGGGGAGGCGAAGGACCUCCGCCUCGACAUCGCCACUGCCUUCGUCUCCGGUCCUUCCUUCCGCGUCUCCUACCGCCCUAACGACUCCUGGUGCCCCUUCGCCCUCGUCGUGAAGACCGGAAUCGGGGCCCUGGGGUCACCUUUCUCCUCCCCGAUGACGAUGAGCGCCGAAUUCAACAUCGUCGGCCGUGGAGGCCCUAGCUUCACGAUCCAGCUCAAACCGCGGUUCGGGGAUUUCUGCUUGAAGAAGACCACUCGCUCCGCCGCCGCCGCCGCCGCGUCGCUGCCUUUCGUCCCCGGGAGUACGAGCGGCGUCGUCCUGGACGCCGACGGCGAGGGCUCUGGCGACUGUGCAGAUCCCCCUGGCGUGAAGUUUCUUCCGGAAAACGGUCUGUUCACCUCGACGAAGCCCUACGGGAUGUCGACAUUGAACCCCGGCCCCGCCGCCGGAGGUAUCCACGGCUUGGUCUCCGGAGCAGAGCUGACGGCCGGGAGCGUCCUCCCGCUGUGGAACCGCACGGUGGUGAAGUUUCGGUGGGGACUGCGCAUACCGUCCGAUCACCGCUCAUCCUUCGCCGGCGACUUCGGAUCCAUCAACCCCAUCAGCAGGUUCUGCCUCCACAAGCUUCCCACACUGGUGAUGAGCAAGAUCUCCAUCGAACACACCUCCGCAGAGGACAAGUCCCAGGAGAAGCCCUCCGACGACGCGGAAGCGAGCUCCUCCGUGCAGGGGCAGCUGGCGUCCCUGCGAGCGGAGAACGGGAGUCUGCGGAAGGCGGUGGAGGAGCUGCGCGCCGACAUCUUCGCCCGCAGGCCCGAUCCAGUGACUCCCGCCGCUGUCUCCGGGACGACUACCUCGCGGCCGGAGAUCAGAGAGCGCAGGGCGUGGGAAGCCAACAGAGCCGCCGCCAGAUCGGCGGAGCUCGCCCGGAACAGCAACGACACCGGCAGGAAAGGUGAGGGGAAGGCGCCGCCCGAGGCGUCCAAGGAGGACGUGAGCGAGGAGCUCCGGAGGGCUCUCAUCGGUGCUAGCGGCGGGCACUGA